UAAAACUUUGUGCAAACUACCUCAACAUUCUCCCAAGGGACCCUUCAGAGAUAUUUUGGGAUCAUCAUCCCUUUGGCCAGGACGCUCUCCUGGCUUUCCCUUUUCCACCCUGCAUGUGUUCCCUGCCAUGUUUGCUCCCUGAAGAUGCCAGUGUCCUCACUGAUGAGAUUUUCAGUGCUCUCUCCCUGGUGACUCUUCACAGCCCCCCCUGAUCUGUCACUCGUCUGUCUCCUGGACACUCUCGGGUACCCAAUCAAUCCCCGGUGCCGCCGCCACCCAAGGGAGCCGAUCACCCAAACUGGGUGAGGCACCUUCAGCUCCACUCACUGCCCGCUGUCCCAGACGGUGGAAGGAAUUCCAGAGGAGCCCCAAGGUGUGUGGAAAGCUUGACAUCAGCAGAGGAUUUUUCAUUCCCAAGGAGUGGCCGGAUGGAGGAGGAGGAAAAGCCCCGGAGAUGCCGCACGAGGAGGGGCUGCAAACCCAGCGCAGGGAGCUGCGAGGAGCAAAGACCCCCCCUGUGCCAGGAGGGCGGCCGGAGAUCCAGCCAGAGCUCCGAGCUGGUGGAGAAGGCUCAUGGAGGGGAGAAGCCCCACAAGUGCUUGGAAUGUGGGAAGGGUUUCAGCCGGAGCUUCAGUCUGAUCCAGCACAAGAGGAUCCACACUGGGGAGCGGCCCUAUGAGUGUGGGGAGUGUGGGAACAGCUUCAGGUAUAGCUCCCAACUGAGGCUACACCAGAGGAUCCACACUGGGAAGAAGCCCUACGAGUGUGGGGAAUGUGGGAAGAGCUUCAGAGACAGCUACAGGCUGAUCCAGCACCAGGUGAUCCACACUGGGGAAGGGCUCUACACCUGCUUGGAAUGUGGGAAGAGCUUUGGAUGGAGCUCCAGCCUGAGGAAUCACCAGCGCCUCCACACUGGGGAGAGGCCCUACGAGUGUCCCGAGUGUGGGAAGAGGUUUCACACCAGCUCCACUCUCCUCCUACAUCAGCGGAGUCACACAGAGGAGAGGCCCUUCCGCUGUCCCGACUGCGGGAAGGGCUUCAAGCGCAACUCACACCUCACUGUCCACCGGCGCAUCCACACCGGGGAGAGGCCCUACGAGUGUCCUGAGUGUGGGAAGAGCUUCUCAGAGAGGUCUAACUUGACCCAACACCAACGGAGGCACCGCUAAGGGAAGCCCUGCGAGUGCCCCGAGAGCGGGAAGAGCUUCGUGCGCUGCUCCAGCUCCAUCCCCCGUGGGAGGAUCGGCCUUGGAUGAUCCCCAGUGAGCCCCGUUGGGCAGAGUCCUGCUGAUCCAUGGUCCUGGUGAUCUGUGUUGGGAAGACACCUGGCUGGGAUGCUCCACAUCUUCCUGGCUCCCUGUGGGCACCUGGAUGAACACAGGGGCAGGAAGAUUCAUUGGGACACAGACGGACAUUGGGAAUUACUUGCGCAGAGCAGAUCUGUUGACUUCCACCCCCAGAAAACCUUUUGCCUUCAAUCCUAUCAUCUGGUGGCAUCAAGGAAUACUGGAUGGUCUUGCAGGUCUUUUCCAGUCUCCGGGAUUCCACGAUUUUGAUUCCUGUUGCCCAAGUGUGGCUUGCUCAGCCAAAUAGUGAAGAUCAAGUGCAGGAACCAAGAUUUUGGAGACAGUGGGGUGGAAAACUAUCACCGUUUAUCACCGCGAUUCGCAAAGCAGUCACACGGAGGUUUCGCAGGGCAGAGGUUCCUCCGAUCCGGCUCAAGGCUGAGUCUCGGCGGAGAGAGAACCUCUUUGUUUAUUUCUUACUUUUUAUACAUCUGUGGGUCUGUCCAAAGAUUGGCUUUUUGGGGUUUCCACCCCUCAGCCUCAGUGGCCAGACCAGUUGUCAGUUACAAUUGUUUUCAGGUUAGAAAUAUGCAAACAAAGGACAGAGAAUGAAAAACAAAAGAUUUGUUUAUGUUCCAUCUGUGAGAAAAAGGUAGAACUGCUUCUAAUAUUGUACAGUAACUAAAAGAUCUGACUCCA